AGGAUGGUUGUGACAUUGCCUUGACAAGCACUUCCUCUUGUCUUUACAGAGGUCUCACUGAAGAAUAAUCUCAAAGGAAUGUUUGUCUCCCAGUACCUUUGUUGAUGACUGUUAUCAUCUAGCAGAUGCUUUUAAUGUCCCGGAAAACAUCAACUACCCUUGUGCUUGGCCUGCCCUGGGCAGCUGAAUGAAAGUUCCUUCCAGUUGUUUCCAGAACUCUGUUGCCCAAAACACCUCUCUUCGUCGGGUGAAUGUUCAUGAAGCCCUUUCCUGAACUAGCUUAGGAGGCUUAGGCCUCUUGGAGCCUGUGACAUGGAAGCUUUGGAAGUGGAUGAUAUCAGCCCAGCCCUGGAAGUUACUGAGGAUUUCUUUAGUACUUUUGAUAGUAAGCUAGAAAAGGCUGUGCAGCAAGCAGAGGUUUAUGGGAUUCAGGAAGUCCCUGAACUGGUGGGGCAUGAGGUCCUCGGUAACGUAGACAAUGGUGCUAUCAGAAAUGUCUCCUCCCUGAGCAAGGGAGGCAUGAUCUGGGACCAUUGUAAGACCAGGUUCUUAGAAACCAAAGCUCAAAAUGUCUUCCCUGCCAAAGAACAGUUUAUGGUCCAGAAAGGGACAACCCCAGACAAUCUGUCCUGGAUGGAACAAAAGGAAGCUUCAACCUUUGAUUUUUUCAACAUCUGUCAGCGUCGGAGGGACAGACCUCGUUCUGUGAAUGACUUAUUGGAUGAGACUUCUACUUUUAAGCCCGGCCACGCUCGAUCAAGGUCAGAUAUUACCCAGGUGGACUGGAGGGUGGUCCUCAAAACCAUGCCUCUGCAGCAGCAGCAACCACCAUCUCUUCAGGGCCCUCACCUCACCAGGCCGUCUUUUCUGUUGUCCUCAUCAAACAAGGUAGAAGAUGCUCAAGGAAAUAUGGAACACAAGCAGGCAUUCCCAAACAUUCUGAAAAAGGGUUACCUGGAGAUUCGGAAGGACCAUGACAGUUACUGGCAAAGCUGUUACGCAGAACUCUCCCCCUACAGCUUAUGCUUCUACAGCCUCGACAGCAGUGGGAAUCAAAACCUCUAUGCCACGUACCAGCUGUCACACUUCCAGAGCAUAUCUGUUCUGGGCAACCUCGAGGCCAGGCUGGUGGAUACUGUUCUGUAUGACAACACUCAGCUCCAGCUAAAGGCAGAGUCGCCAUGGGAGGCUCUGGACUGGGGGCAGAAGCUUUGGGAAGGUGUGCACGCCGCCGCGCCUGCUUACACGGGACGGCCAGAGGAGCUGGCUGACCCUCCGGGGCUCAGCCAUCAUGUCGACUGUCCACAGAAUCGUUGUUUGCAGAAGAAAUCCAGCGAGUUGCUCAUGCCAUCCCCUCUCUUGGAUAGCCCCAGAGAGUACCAAAACGUCCUCAGAUCGGGGACGCUGUACAGGCUGACCAUCCAGAACAACUGGAAGGCGUUUACGUUCGUCCUGAGCAGGGCCUACCUGAUGGCUUUCCAGCCCGGCAAGCUGGACGAGGAUCCCCUGCUGAGCUACAAUGUGGAUGUGUGUCUGGCCGUCCAGAUGGACAACCUGGAUGACUGUGACUCUUGCUUUCAAGUCAUUUUCCCCCAAGAUGUCCUCCGCCUCCGUGCUGAGACCCGGCAGAGGGCCCAGGAGUGGAUGGAGGCUCUGAAGACAGCUGCCAAUGCGGCGAGGAGUUCAGAACAAAACCUGCAGGUCACGCUGAGGACCAAACCCAAGGAUCAGAUGGGUGGGCGUGAACUCAGGAAGCACAAACGCCAGUCUGUGACCACCAGCUUCCUCAGCAUCCUGACGACUUUGUCUUUGGAACGAGGACUGACCGCUCAGAGUUUCAAAUGUGCAGGAUGCCAGCGAUCCAUAGGCCUUUCCAAUGGGAAAGCCAAGGUGUGCAAUUACAGCGGGUGGUAUUACUGCAGCAGCUGCCACGUGGACGACAGUUUUCUCAUCCCGGCCCGCAUAGUCCACAACUGGGAUACUUCAAAAUAUAAGGUGUCUAAGCAGGCCAAAGAGUUUCUGGAGUACGUGUACGAAGAGCCCCUGAUCGACAUCCAGCAGGAGAACCCCAUGCUGUACGAACACGCCGAGCCGCUGGCCACCGUGGUGCGCCUGCGGCAGCGGCUGAAAUCGCUGCGAGCCUACUUGUUCAGCUGCCGGGCAGCGGUGGCCGAGGAUCUGCGCCGCAGAAUUUUCCCCAGAGAAUACCUCCUUCAACAGAUCCACCUGUAUUCCCUCGCUGAUCUGCAGCAGCUGGCUGCUGCUUUCUCUGUCUCCAUGGGACCAAAGAUUUCAGCCAGGAGUUAGUUCAUAAGGGCAUUAAAGUCCUUUCAAAGUGAGACAUGUAAUGGUCUUUACACAGGCUUUCACAUUUGGCUGGGCAAGAUGGAGUAAGGAUAAAAAGGCACAUGAAGAUCUGGGGGAAGCUGAAAAUGGAUCUUGAGGCUUGAAUUCCUCCUAUGCGUUUGCUUAAGCCACAUUGCCUGAGCUUAGAAUAGAGAGGCAGGCAGUCUGUCUCCUUGGGAUAAGGAAGGAUUUGGAACUCAGCGACUGUGAGGUCUUGGCCCCUACUGUGUUUUCUGGUUUGUUUUGUUAGCAGGAGCAAGUUAUUCUAGUUUCUUGCUUCUGGGGUUUUCUUCUGCACACUUAUAAGCUGAGUCUCCACCCCGCUGAUGGCAAUGGGGUGGAUGGAAUGGGAUAAUGAAAGGGGUGGAGAGAGAAGUUGAUUCAGCUGCUUAGGAUGAGGGAGGCAAAGAAACUUCAGACCUCGGAGCUAGCUUCUGAGUCCAUCGAGGGUGGGGAGGGAAGGGGCACGACAAGGACUGAAGUCCUCCCAAUACGGGAGACAAGCUGGUCUUUGAGACACUACCGUGGCCAGCACACCAGCUCAUUGAAUGGUGAUUUUAUUACCCAGGACAUGGUUAAGCUGUAGUAUUCAUAGUGUUUAGAAAAGUAAUCCAUGAAGUAUAACUGAUCAAAAGUCGUGAGAUAUACCUAAAAAUGUUAGAAUGGUACAUUUUAUGCUACAUACAUUUACCACAAUAAUAAUAAUAAUGAAAGAAUACUCUUAAAUGAUCAUGAGCUUCUCAGGAAAGUACUCCUUGACUAUAUUUUACAACCUUUCAUGUAUUUGUUAACUGCCAGGUACUGUGAUGCAGUGAAUUAAAAAUGCACGUAAGGUGAGAUACACGUGCCCGUGCCCGGGGGCAGUGUGCUGAAAGAGUCCUCUGAACUGGGCGGAGAGAUGCAUUUAGGAGGAAGGACCAACCCCUCACAUCCAGGGUCCAGAGGGGCUGGCCCAGUGGGGUGUCCUCAGUUCCCAGGCUGGGAGCAGAAAAGGUGGUUUGAUGAUUCUUGCCAAGACUGCUUUUGCAUUCCCAAAAUAAAAUGUCACCUGAGUUGCUUGGUUCUUAGGCCUGUUCACAAGAGCUUUUUAAAACAAUCCACAAGGGAAAGAGUCAACCUUGAAUGCAAGUCUUUAUGUUAUCCAUCCUGCUACUAAGAACAGUGCCUGGGCAAGAGGAAGUGCCCAAUAAACAUGGGUGAAUGAAUGAAUCAGUUAUUAGAAGAGGAAGACAGGAAUGAGAAUGAACUCGAAAGGGGCUGUGCAUUACUACAAGCUCUGUUGUUGCAUAGUGAGCAUUUGUGAACUGAAGUCCUCACCAACAUUUUAUCUUUUGUUUUUCUCUUGAGUACUAUUUGGUCCUGAGUUCAAACACCUGACUUCCCAGUAAACCUUUAAAUACUCAUGGUCUGUUGUGUGGCUCCAGCAUGCCCUCUGAAAGGCAGUUUAGCACAGUAGUUGAGGGUAUAAUCUGGAGCCAGACAGCCUGGGUUUGCAUCUUAGCUGCACUCCUUCCAGCUGUGUGACCUUGAGCAAGUCACUUAAACUGUUAUGCCUCAGCUUCCUUACCUGUAAAAUGGGUAUGAUGAAAGUACCUACCUCACAAGAUGGUGAAGUUAAGCGAGUUACAAAUACAUAAAGUACUUGGAAGAAUGCCUGACAUACAGUGAAUGCUCCGUGAAUGCUGCUCUUGAAAGUCCCUCACCGUAUUAUUGACAAGAUUCAGCUGAUUUACAACACUAAUGAGGCUUUAGCGUGCACCCUAUGGCCACAGGUGCUUCCUUUCUCUGUGCCUUUUAUUCUGACUAGCAGUUCUAGCUAUCUGUGAAUAGGAAGAACACCUUAACUGACAUUAGAAACUCUGAAGUGUUACAAAGGGGAUUCCCUCCCUGGACAAUUUGACAUAUAUUUCACAUCCUAAUUCUACCUCUACUACCAAUCUUUUGUAGUUUAGACGGCUUCAAUUUCUCCAUCUCUGACAUGGAUAAUAAUUUACCUUACAUGACUCAUAUGGAAACUAAUCAAAUAUAUAUUGAAAUUUUAUCAAAGUACCUUAGCAAAUUAUUAAGUGUAAUGAAGAUGUGUUCAAAUGGCCCAGCACUGAUACUGGCAUUUUAAAAAAUACAUUGAAAACAGUAGUUGACUUGUUAAUAACCAUACUCUUUAAAAGCAGUAUUUUAAAGCUAAGUAGUGAUACCCCGAUAGAAGAAGCAAAAAAAGACAAUAUGUAGCCAUCUUGAUAUAGAGCAGAAAUUCAAAAUCAGAGUUUGGUAGGGUGAUAUUCCUAGGGACAUUGCACUUAAUGAUGGCCUUUGCUACUAUCAGGUCUUAUAGCAUAUUCUUUAGUAGUAAAUUACUAUAUAUGUAAGUGCACAAAUAUAUAUGCAAAUACAUAGUACACACAGUCAUGUAUUUAAGGAAAUGGUCUCUUCUCCAUAAUCUGAAGAUUCCUGGUAACUCCAUUUUAAUUUAAUAACAUACAUUCUCACUUGAUCUCAACUACCUGCUUCCUAGGAUGCCCUAUAAUUUAUACUGUUGACAUUACCUUGUGACAGGAAUUACGAGCACUACAGCCAGCUUGGGAUUCUUACAAAAUGAAUGAAAAAUAAAGAGGAAAAAGCAAUAACCAUGAAUGGGGAGGGGCUGGAGGUGGCAGGAGGAGAAGAGGAGGGUAGCUUGGCCCAGGAGUGGCAUUGGAAGUGGGAAAGGAGAGGGAGCUGACUGCCUGGGGACGUGUUAUUUUUCCUGUGGCUUCUUGCUCCUCUCCACCCCCACCUCUUCCAGUCUGAGCUUCGAGUACAGUUGAAUUUUCACCGCAGAACUUGGCUGGGUCUCCUCAGGGACUUUCUCUUUCCCAUCUUUCCAUAAAUUAUAGGUUUGCACAUGAGAGCAGAACAGAUGAUUCCCAUUAUCUUUUGGGUUGGGUUAGGAUUUUUUUUUUUUUUUUUUAAACCUCCUGCCCACUCUCAAAUGUGUAUCCUAGUUCAGGGAGGUGGAAUUUUUAUUAACAGUGGCCCAUCCACCAACGAAUUGCUCCCCUCUUCCUUAAUAGGAUGGUUUUAAUCUGGUUUCCUUGACCAAUGUGACUGUGAUCAUUUUCCUUGGCCUUUAAAUACUCUCAGGAAGUCAUUGCUGCAGGAGAACAGGGCCUGUCGGAGUUGUUCACCCAUAACCCCAGCACCUGGAACCGUGCCCAGCGUCCUGCAGACUCCCCAUGAAUGUAUAUGUAUUUUGGUGGUAGCAUGACAUUUCUAGGGCACUAUUAUACUUUCAUAAAUGACCCAUCAGAUCAUUGGAAAGGCAUCGGACAGAUCCAAAAGAGUUAAUUUACCCCAGAGCAUAGAGGUCAUUUAUAGGUAGGGUGUAAGGCUCACUAAAAGCUAGAGCCACUGUAAGUAGUUCAGGUUUAUUGAGCUCCAACCCUGGGCACUCUUUCUGAUUAGAUACCCAGACCAGA